AUGCCACAAGCUCCAAGAAAACCCCAAUCCCAAACUCAACACAGAUCAUCAGUCUCGUUUUCACAGCCCAGAUCUGAAAAUUAUUCCUCUGUUGGUGCUGAAUCAAGAACCCAAUUAAGGAAGAAGAAGAACAAGUUUGUGUUUGUGAAGAUCAAAGGGUUGGGAUGUAAGGGGACUUCAAUUCCUGCACCAUUAGCACCCAAGUCAGCACUUCAGCUCAGGCAAGAAGAUCACAACCAUGGAAGAGGAAAACAACCACACUGUAAAAAUAAUAGUAAUAAAAGGAGACCAGAGAAUGUUGUUGUGGAUAUCCCUGAUGUCUGCUGCACCCCCCCUGGCAUCGGCAUUGCUUCUGAUUUUGCACCUAGGAGUAAGAACACUGAUGCUGGUCCAAGGCUCCAUCAUAGAAAGCAUUCUCGAGAAACCAGGAGACAUGGAAAUGAGGAAACAGUUAUUAAUGGGACAAGAGCUGAUCAUCAUCGUUCGGCUGAAGAAGCCAUACAGAUGCUGAUGGCCCAACAAACUCUACCGUACAAUGGAAUCAUUGAUCUUCAUGAUCAAUACCAAAACUGGAGACUCAAUGUCGAUGAUAUGUCAUAUGAGGAAUUGUUGGAACUGAGUGAUAAAAUAGGGCAUGUAGGCACUGGAUUGCAAGAGGAAGAAAUAUCAAACUGCAUAAGGAAAUUCAAGCAUAAUAUUACCUCUAAUUCCACUUCGUGGCAGCUUAUGAAUGGUCAGAAGGAUUGGAAGUGCAGCAUUUGCCAAGAGAAGUGCAGAAAAUAUGAUGAAAUAGGAAGACUGGACUGUGGCCAUUAUCAUCAUGUGCAGUGCAUAAAACAGUGGCUCUUACAGAAGAAUCAGUGCCCUAUCUGCAAAUCUGCUGCCAUUCCCAAAUGAGGAAAUUUGCAGGGAGA